AUGUCGUCUUCCAAGGCCGUCAAGUCUCACACAGACGAACCCGUAGAGACUGUGCCGCAGGACAGCGAACCCGCGCGCCCAAAUGACGAAAGCGACUCACCUUCCGGCGGCGACCUUGCAAAGGCCUCUGCAGACUCUACGGAGCAAGAUACAACAAAUGAGGCCGGUGACACCGCAAGCAAGGCCCAGGACAGGCUAGCGAGAUUCAAAGCCCUCAAAGCCCGCGCAAAAACCGCCACAGACAGCAAUCUGAAAGAAACGGCUGCAGAAUCUCAACGACUUUCCACCGAUCCAGCUUUACUGUCUAGCCUGUCGCGCAAGCAUGCGUUUGCCUCCCAUAACCUCCUUAAGGCUGAUACGGAGGAAGCUGGUGAAGAUUUCGAACGCAAGCGAGCCUGGGACUGGACGGUCGAUGAGUCUGAGAAGUGGGAUAAGCGUAUAGAAAAAAAGCAACGCCAUCGCGAUGAUGUAGCGUUUCAAGAUUAUCGUCAAGACGCCCGCAAAGUUUACAAGAGACAACUGAGAGGAUUGCAGCCUGAUCUAGAGGCGUACGGACGCGAAAAAAUGGCUGCUGUAGAGCGCGCCGCGGCAAGUGGGGGGUUGGAAAUCGUGGAAACUAACGAUGGCGAAUUGGUCGCGGUGGACAAGAACGGGACCUUUUAUUCUACUGCUGACUCGACUGAUUUUGUCGAGAACAAACCGGAUCGGGCAGCGGUCGACAAGCUCGUUGCCGACCUGCAAAAGGCGGAGGAAGUUCGUUUGAAGAAGCGACGAGAUCGCCGUGGUGGUGAUGACGACCCAGACGUCACGUACAUCAAUGAAAAGAACAAGCAAUUCAACCAGAAGCUUGGUCGGUUCUACGACAAGUACACGAAGGAGAUUAGGGAUAGUUUUGAGCGUGGUACAGCAUUGUGA